CUCUUCAUAUUAGUAAAUGAGCCUCUAUGUGGUUUAACGUUGCGCCCCUCCUGGCCAAUCAGGGUGCUGCAUCAGUUCCGACACCACCCCCCAGCGGCCGCACAGGCGCACUGAGCUCUCAACUGCCAUUUUGUGGCAGAAGCCACUCUGCCAAAGCGGGUGAGGAAUUAAAACAAACUGCGAGGAAACGUGUAGUUUUUCUCACGAGCUACCCAAACUUUGUAGCACAGCCUCUCUGCUUCCAGGCGGGAUCACAGCAAGGAGAAACACUCUCAAACAGCGAGCCUUGCUCCCCGGGUCGUAGCUGGCCCGCGUGUGCUGAGCCCUGCCCGUCCUGCCCUGCCUGCUGGUGCUGCAGCGUCUCUUAUUCUGAGCCCACCCAGAGCCUGAUAGCCACAGACGGAUCACAGCAGAGAGCUCCCUCUACGACCAGCCUCGGAGAGCUACAAAAAUACCGUUGCAGCAAAGCAGGACUCGGAGGCAACAGCUGUCCCAUCCCGGAGUCCUUCUGGGCUCCGUUUCUAGCUGGUGUCCGAGCACCUGGGAAGGAAGGCCCCGCACCAGAACCUGGCCAGCCUGCAGCCGUCCUGCUACAUCCCCCCAGAUGGCCAUGGGAGGUCGCCUGUGAUUUUUAAGAGGAACUACCAACAUGUUUGCAGUAAUGCUGCUCUGGACCAGACUGGUGGUUGUCAUAAUCAGACACAUGUGGCUCAUACUGAGGAUGGUCACUGUAUGGUUGUUCUUGUGUAACGUCUGCUGUUUUUCCUCACACAUUGUUUCAGUUUUCUAGAGGUCUGACCUGCCACUCUGGCGUUCUUUGUGUUUGUUUAGUGCCAGCAAGUUUCUACUGGCAUCAGCCUGGUUAUAGGAAAUUAAAAAAAGGCAGAACUGCAGAUGUUCAGUGUUGAAUAAACAUAACAGGCUCCACAGAAAGAAAACCAGUCAAACAGACCCCCACCCCCCUCACACACACACCUGAAAAGCAGGCAGAAGCAUCCAUCAAAUUCUUUUUUUAAACUCCAGGAGUCUUCAGUACUUCUAGUGACUGCUGCUAUCAACAGAAACGCACAAACACCAAGAUUCCUAGGAUUUACAUUUGCGUCCGCUGUCCCCAGCCCAGAUAAUGAUGUUCUCGCUUAUGGUUUUUGCUGCUUGUGAUGCAACGAUUUAAGUUUUUCAUUUUUCACAUUGUGCUUUAGCUCUAGACAGCCAUGGAUGGCGGGUCAACAGGAUCUGUAGGGGAGGUGGAUGCCCCCCCUAAAGACUUCCCAUCCAUUCAGGCCGUCCACAGCCAGGACGCCAUGGUGGUGGAUCUCCUUCAGCAGGCUGCUGAGGCUGGGGGUGUGGUGCAAGGACAGACUGCAGUGGUGCUAGAGCAAGGUCAUGUAGAAGGAAUGGUAGCAGCAGCCCAAUCCCAGCAGGCACUGCUGGAAGCUGGGGUGGGCGUUGGUGUCCAGCGUGGAGAGGUUGAAAUGAUGGUCAUGGACUCUCUGGAUCCCACCCUGAUGCAAAUGAAAACUGAGGUGAUGGAUGCUGCAGUUGGGGGGUCAUCCACGACAGUAGGAGUGGUCGCAGGCGCAGGUCACCAGGCUUCUGUGACAACGGUGGACCAGACUCAGAUCAUCACCCUACAGGUGGUGAACAUGGAAGAGCAAGCAGCCCUGGGUCUGGGGGAGCUGCAGCUGGUGCAGGUGCCUGUGUCUGCCACCACCGUGGAUGUCCUGCAGCAAGGCACGUUUGUGGACAGCACUACGAUGCCGAAGACCGGAGACCCAGUUAUCUGUCACACGCUUCCUCUGCCUGAGGGCUUUCAGGUAGUCAAGGUUGGUGCUAAUGGGGAGGUGGAGACAGUGGAGCAGGAAGAGGGGGUAGAAGCCCACCAUGAGCAGGACGAGGAGGAUGAGGAGGUCGGACACCAGCUGUUGGAGGAACGGGAUGAGCCAGUUCAGGCACCACAUGAAGACCAAAUCUGGGCUAAAGACCCAGACUAUCAACCUCCGUCUGGAGUGGUCAAAAAGUCCAAAAAGGGAAAAAAGAGCCGUCUGCGAUACGCCGAAGGAGACAAGGACAUGGACGUCAGCGUCUAUGACUUCGAAGAGGAGCAGCAGGAGGGCCUUCUGUCCGAGGUUAACGCAGAGAAAGUAGUCGGCAACAUGAAGCCCCCAAAGCCCACAAAGAUCAAGAAGAAAGGAGUGAAGAAGACGUUCCAGUGCGAGCUGUGCAGCUACACGUGUCCUCGUCGCUCCAACCUGGACCGGCACAUGAAGAGCCACACCGACGAGAGACCUCACAAAUGUCAUUUGUGUGGAAGAGCUUUCAGGACGGUGACUCUGCUGCGAAAUCACCUGAACACACAUACGGGGACUCGGCCACACAAGUGCACAGACUGCGACAUGGCUUUUGUGACUAGUGGAGAACUCGUGCGUCAUCGUCGCUACAAACACACGCACGAGAAACCGUUCAAGUGCUCCAUGUGUGACUACGCCAGCGUGGAGGUGAGCAAACUGAAGCGGCACAUCCGCUCACACACCGGCGAGCGGCCCUUCCAGUGCAGCCUGUGCAGCUACGCCAGCAGAGACACGUACAAGCUGAAGAGACACAUGAGGACUCACUCAGGAGAGAAACCUUACGAGUGCUACAUCUGCCAUGCCCGAUUCACCCAGAGCGGGACCAUGAAAAUGCACAUUCUGCAGAAACACACAGAAAAUGUGGCCAAGUUCCACUGUCCACACUGCGACACGGUCAUCGCACGCAAGAGCGACUUGGGGGUCCAUCUGCGGAAGCAGCACUCAUUCAUUGAGACGGGAAAGAAGUGUCGAUACUGUGACGCAGUUUUCCACGAGCGCUACGCUCUGAUUCAGCAUCAGAAGUCCCACAAGAACGAGAAGAGGUUCAAGUGCGACUUGUGCGACUACUGCUGCCGCCAGGAGCGGCACAUGGUGAUGCAUCGUCGGACCCACACAGGAGAGAAGCCAUUUGCGUGCAGCCAGUGUGAAAAGACCUUCAGACAGAAGCAGCUGCUGGACAUGCACUUCAAACGCUACCACGACCCAAACUUUGUUCCCACAGCUUUUGUUUGCCCCAAGUGUAGCAAGACGUUCACACGCAGGAACACCAUGGCUCGUCAUUCUGAGAACUGUAGUGGGGAGGUGGAGGAGUUUGAGAAUGGAGCUUCCACCCCAAAGAAAGGGAGGAGAGGAAGAAAGAGGAAGAUGAGGAGCCGUAGGGAUGAGGACGAUAGUGAGGAUGAACUCCCUGAACAAGACGAGGGCGACGAUGAGGGUGAGGAUGAAGCGGCAUUGCUUCAGGAGGAGGAAGAGGACCUAGAAAGCAUGGAACUAGAACAGGCCCCUGCUGUUAUCCCGGUUGUUGCUCCCGAUGAGCCUCCGGUGAAGAGGAAACGGGGCAGACCCCCAAAACACCCCAAACCUCAGACUCCCAGCAAAUCUGGGACAGCUGCUUCUGUUGCCGCCACGAUUCAGGUGGAGGAUGAACUAACGGGCGCAGUGGACAACAUCAUAGUGAAGAAGGAGGAGGUGGAUGCAACGAGUCCUCUGAAGCAGGGAGGGAACCUGACAGUGGAAGAACGGGUGGGAGGUGAUGACAGGGUGGAGACGGUGGAACUGUCUGUGAACGAGGAACCAAAGGCAGCUGCUGCUAAUGGAGAUCUCACACCAGAGAUGAUCCUCAGCAUGAUGGACCGGUGAACACAGACAGACUCCUUUACAGAACAGCCUAAGAUGGAAGCUUCAUUUAAAUUCCUGACCCUACACCAUGCAUCUACUUAAACUCCUGUACUGAUCCAAGCUAAGACUGCUCUCUGAUCUUUAAGGCUUUUCUCCAGUUGAAUGUGUUCUGAAUGAAUCUGCUCGUUUUUUGCUACUUCGUCCUACUCAAAGCCACAUCCUGUGUCUGUCUGUACCCACACAUCUUUCAGUUUAUGUGCACGCACAACCCCUCUGUGCCCUCACUGCCGUCAGAAAACAUCAUUUGACAGAACUUCACAUUUCUCUAAUUCUUUUUACACAUGCACUCAAAGGCCACUUUAUUAGCUACACUCGUCCAACUGCUCGAUAACACAAAUUUCUAACCAGCCAAUCACAUGGCAGCAACUUAAUGCAUUUAGGCAUGCGGACAUGGUCAAGACGAUCUGCUGCAGAUCAAACCAAACAUCAGAACAGGGAAGAAAUGUGAUUUAAGUGACUUUGAACGUGGCAUGGUUGUUAGUGCUAGACAGGCUGGUCUGAGUAUUUCAGAAAUUGUUGAUCUACUGGGAUUUUCACAACCAUCUCUAGGGUUUACAGAGAAUGGUUUGAAAAAGAGAGACUAUCCAGUGAGCAGCAGUUCUGUGGGCACAAAUGCCUUAUUGAUGCCAGAGGUCAGAAGAGCAUGGCCAGACUGGUUCGAGCUGAUAGAAAGGCAACAGUAACGCAAAUAACCACUCGUUACAACCAAGGAAUGCACAAGAGCAUCUCUGAACGCACAACACGUCAGACCUUGAGGCAGAUGGGCUACAGCAGCAGAAGACCACACCGGGUGCCACCCCUGUCAGCUAAGAACAGGAAACUGAGGCUGCAAUUCGCACAGGCUCACCAAAAUUCGACAAUAGAAGAUUGGAAAAACGUUACCUAGUCUGAUGAGUCUCGAUUUCUGCUGCGACAUUCAGAUAGUAGGGUCAGAAUUUGGCUGUCAACAACAUGAAAGCAUGGAUCCAUCCUGCCUUGUAUCAACGGCUCAGGCUGGUGGUGUAGGGGAUAUUUUCUUGGCACACUUUGGGCCCCUUAGUGUCAACGCCCCAGCCUACUUGAAUAUUGUUGCAGACCAUGUCUAUCCCUUUAUGACUACAGUGUACCCAUCUUCUUAGGGCUGCUUCCAGCAGGAUAACGCGCCAUGUCAUAAAGCAUGAUUCAUCUCAGACUGGUUUAUUGAACAUGACAAUGAGUUCACUUUACUCAGAUGGCCUCCACAGUCACCAGAUCUCAAUCCAAUAGAGCACUUUUGGGAUGUGGUGGAACGGGAGAUUUGCAUCAUGGAUGUACAGUCGACAAAUCUGCAGAAUCUGCAUGAUGCUGUCAUGUCAAUAUGGACCUCCAAUACGGAUUCUCUGAGGAAUGUUUCCAGUACCUUGUUGAAUCUAUGCCACAAAGGAUUAAGGCAGUUCUGAAAUCAAAAGGGGGUCCAACCCGGUAUUGGCAAGGUUUACCUAAUGAAGUGGCCGGUGAGUGUACAACAAGAGCAGUGUGUAGUUCUGUAGUUGAUCUUUCAAAUCAGGCCGAGGGCAGUCCCCUUGUAUUCUGACCCAAACAAAGAGAAUUUUUCACCAUAGGAACCAGCUGAAGGAAGAACCUACAUUUAGAUAAAGCAUGUCUGCUUUUUAGAAGCAGGGCAGCACCGGUCCACUGAGACUCGUGAUCAAACAAUGCAGAAUCUCCCGCCUUAGAAAGUUUAUAAGAACUACAGUCCUCUUCCUUCAGGCCACAGACUGAAGGAGCUACUGCUUCCUGCUCUGACUUCACUGUGAGAACACAACAGUGUCGGUAUCGGGGGGCUUUCUAACAUAUCAACACAUUUCCAGUUUUAACCAUCUUCACUGUUGCACACAAAACUUGUCCCGGUACUUGUCCUACAUUGUUCCUUCGUUAGGUUUAGUUUUACUUUGCCCAUCCACCCAUGCCUGGUUACCGUUGCUCUGUUGUUGGUAUGUAGAUCAAUAUAUCUUCUUUACUUGGAGAAGAAUAGCGCCGUGUAACCUGGAAUUAUCAUACAAAAUAAUUUUGGCUUUUGUUCUUUGCUAGCGGGCUUUAUUCUCCCAUGUUUAGGUCUCUUAGUAUGUCCGUGUCCACCAAUGCAAGUUGUUUGGACCACGUUGACAUACGCACUGGUUUUCAGGGCUUUUUUUAUUUUUAUUUACAAUUGGACUGUGGUGUUUCACUCAGACAUAUACAGUUUUGGAGAGGCCUCGCAGGGAUGACAGGGCAUUG